AUAAAUUAAAGAAUAAUAAAGAAGGGAAGCAAGACGCAGAUUUCCGCCAAGAUCAAUCGUCGUCUCCCGAAAAAAUGGACUCGUCGGCGCAACCAGAAAACCACGAUCCGCCGUCUGAGAGCGACGGCGCACCGACGCUCCUGGAUCUGAGCAGCUGCCAGCUGCGCGAUCUCAGCUCCGUCGACCUGCCGUCCACUAUCGUCGAAGUAGACCUCACGGCGAACCGGCUGACGGCGUUAGACCCCCGUCUCUCGCAGCUCUCCAAUCUCAAGAAGCUCUCUCUGCGCCAAAACCUCCUUAACGACGACGCCGUCCUCCCCUUAUCGUCCUGGCACUCCAUCUCCGCUCUCCAAGAGCUGGUGCUGAGGGAUAAUCAAAUGAAGAAAAUUCCAGAUGUCACCAUAUUCAAAAUGCUUCUGGUCUUUGAUGUUUCAUUUAAUGAAAUUACUUCGCUCAGUGGAUUAUCCAAGGUCUCAAACACACUCAAAGAACUAUAUGUGUCCAAAAAUGAAGUGACAAAGAUAGAGGAGAUUGAGCACUUCCAUGAGCUCCAAAUUCUUGAGCUCGGGUCCAACAGACUACGGGUAAUGGAGAACCUUCAAAAUUUGUCAUCCUUGCUAGAGCUAUGGCUCGGGCGCAAUCGUAUUCGUGUCAUUGACCUUUGUGGACUAAAAUGCAUUAAGAAGAUCAGCCUUCAAAGCAAUCGCUUAACAUCUAUGGCAGGGCUUGAGGACUGCGUUGCACUGGAAGAGUUGUACUUGAGCCAUAACGGUAUUGCGAAAAUGGAAGGCUUAUCAACUCUAGUCAACCUCCGGGUCUUGGAUGUGGCAUCAAAUAAGCUCACAGAAAUAAAUGACAUUGCCAACUUGACAAAGUUGGAGGAUCUGUGGCUUAAUGACAACCAAAUAACAUCGCUGGAUAGCCUAGCUGAAGGUGUUGCCGGUUUCAGGGAGAAUCUCACAACCAUCUACCUUGAGCGCAAUCCUUGUGUACGUGCUUAUAUAUCUUUACUCUCCUUAUUCAAUUCAAUACGCUGCAUCUUUGUUACCAGACAAGCUAUUGUUCUUGUUUUUGCUAGUGAUAGUGUAAUAAUGAUUGGCAUUGCAGGCAAGUUCUCCCAACUACAUGUCUAGGAUGAGAGAAAUAUUCCCCAAAAUUGAGCAAGUUGACUCUGAAAUGUUUGCAUAGUUUUGGCUCUGCUUCUGCCGUUUUUGUUUUGGUUCGAGGACAGGCUAGUUUUGGCAGGUGUUGAUGAAUUUUGGCUCAUUUAAUUUGGAUUCUUAUUCUCCAAAUAUAAUUUAAGAGUGAAACAGUAGAUUGUGUGCAGUUUUGUUAUUGUUUCUGCUUGUAAAACGGCUACUUACACAUAAAGAUUGAAGAGUUGUAAUGUUGAAGAACUGCACCAUUUGACGAGGGAGCGAAAAUCCAACCAUUUUAACUGCAA